AUGGCUAUUUUGUUUCUUGAACUAAAUGUAUGGGUUUCGUCAUUGACAACAAAAAGAACCUUCCAAGCUACAAGGUCAAAUGCAAAUGAAGAACGACAAUCAGAAGGUGAAUUACCUUCAUCUUUGCGAAACCAAAAGGUUUCGUUGUUGACAACAAAAACAGCCUUGAAAGCUCUAAGGUCAAAUGCAAAUGAAGAACGACAAUCCGAAGGUGGAUCUCAAUUGCAAGAACAAGUGCCGCAAGUGCCACAAAAUUGCACCUCUUCAGCAACACAAGGAGUACAUGAACAAGUGCAACAAGCGAAUAUGGAUUCCAUCACUCCUGCAUCACAAGGAGUACAUGAACGAUCUGAUGAUUCUACCACUCAUGAAGUAGCUGAACAAAUUGAGGAACAAGGCCCCUCCUCGCCAAAAAGAAAAAGAGGUCGUACUCAAAUGCCAAGAGUUCAUGUGAGAAAGGAGCGUAAAAUAAUCAUUCUAAAUGAGUUUAAUCAACCCAUUGGUCCUACUAAAGAGGUUGUAAAAGAGUUGGGUAGCUUCCUCGGCACAUUGGCAAGGAGUGGGACUUUUUGUCCUCUUAAUGAAAAAUAUGACAUUCCCGACGAGGCAAAAAAAUGGAUUUUUGAAUCAGUUUGUAGUGCUUGGAGAAAGUAUAAGAGUCAAUUGAAGGCAACCCACUUCACAUCCUAUGAGAAUGAUGAGCUUCGAAUGGAGAAUAGGCCAGUAGAUGUUCCGGAAUCUCACUUUAAGGAUCUUCUUAACUAUUGGAACUUCGAUCCUCACAAGAAAAUAUCCGAAACCAAUAUAGUGAAUCGAAAUAAGUUGAACUGUCCACACACAGCUGGUAGAACACCUUUUGCUCUAAUUCGCGAGGCUGAAAUGGAGAGAAUGCAAUCUACUCAGGAAAGUGAAGACGACAGUCAUUCAAUUGAUGCUUUUGCAUCAGUCAUGGGACCUGAACAUCCAGGUCGCGUGAGAUUGUAUGGACGAGGGGUUACCAAGACUGUGUUAAAAGGGCAAAAAGGGAAUCUUGGAUCUUCUGAUGAGAGGAUGCAGCAAAAAAUGGAGGAAAUGGAAGAGAGGAUGCAACAAAGAAUGCAUGAAAAGUUGAACAAACAAAAGGAUGCUAUGGAACAAAAUAUUACAAUGAACGUCAUCGCACGACUUCAGCGUCUGAACCCAGAUUUGCGACUUGAUCCUAACAUGUUAAGGUUCAGUACACGUUCACCUGUAGAUGCUUCCGCUGCACAACAAGCUGUUGUUCAACUAAACAGUCGACCAUCUGCGGGUAGUAACAAUCAAGGUGGAGUAGAUCAAGAAAUGGAUGCUGAAGACGAUGAAGAAAUAGACCUUACUUGA